AUGAACAAACGAUUUGCUGCUCUCCCUUUGUGUUACGCCGAUGAAGCUGUUCGCUGUUCUUCUCCCAGUCCGCCCCCCUUGUUGACACUGCUGCCGUUUCACGUCGGACUGCAGCAACGUCAAACGGCAGCAGUGCCAACAAGGGGACAGACCGGGCGAGGAAGAACCUCAUCGUCUCGCCUGCCUGAGUGUCUGCCUGUCGCCAUCAGGAGUCCCGAGUUGUACUCCGCUGAUUUUCAUGGCAACGGCCUUAACGUUAAACCUCCGACCAGCAAAAAGAAAUUUCAAAACGGGGGAAAAUUUUGA